UAAGCGCGUUUCGGCGCCCGGGAAUGUUGCGCCCGUGUUGCGUCCGCGUUGCGUCCGCGCUGCACAUCGAUCUAAUCGUUUCGAGAGAUCAAACUUCUUUCCACCCUGUGUUCCAAGUGUCCCGAAACAAAUAAGUUUUUGUCGAGAGGAAGUGUUCAAUUGAUAACACACACAAUGUUUGAAAAUGAUUAUUAAACUAAUUCAAAGAGGAUACGUACAGACGCACAUGAAGUUAAGCGAUACAACCCCUUAGACUAUAAUGAAACAUUUGUUUCACGAGAAUGAGGGUGGCACAACUAUUGCUGUGGUGCGUACUACUCGAAGAUUAUGGUGGAAAUCUCGGAAGGGCGGCAAUUACCAGUGACUCCAUACGACAAGACGCCUCGUCCGCAACGAAUCCUACGUUACAAGAUGCCCCAAGUUUUUCAGAAGCGAUCGGUAACGUGACCGCAGCGAUCGGCAAAGAAGCAAUCCUAUCUUGCACGAUCCGGAAACUGGGUAAUUACAAGGUGGGAUGGCUACGAGUGGAGGAUCAGACAAUAUUGUCGAUGGGUCAGCGAACGGUGACCCAUUCAGCCCGUUUCCAAGUAAACGUCGAAAAGGCCAAGGCAAAGAAUCAGACUCGUUCGAGAGAGGACGAGGAGGCCACUUGGAGCCUGCAUAUUCGCCAACUCAGGAAAGCCGAUCGAGGUUGCUACAUGUGCCAAAUCAACGCGCAGCCCAUGUUGAGCCAGCUGGGAUGCGUCGACGUCCUAGUUCCCCCUGACAUACUGAGUUCUGGUACAUCAGAGGGAGAAGUCUCAGUUCUAGAAGGGGAAAAUGCGACCCUUUCUUGCAAGGCAUCGGGUAGACCUCCCCCACGAGUUCUUUGGAAAAGAGAGAAAAGUGAUUUCAUUCUGAUGAGAGGUCUUCACGAGACUUUAGUUCAAGUGGACAGCCAGUCCGGCGAGAAGCUGGAAUUAACGAGGGUAGACAGGAGGCAAAUGGGAGCUUAUCUUUGCAUAGCCAGAAACGAAGUACCACCGACAGUCAGCAAAAGAGUCUAUCUCAGAGUAAAUUUCCCCCCAAGCGCAAAAGUACGAAAUCAAUUAUUGGGCUCGCCAUUGGAUACGGAUGUCUCGCUAAUCUGUUCGAUAGAAGCUUAUCCAAAGACGAUCAACCUGUGGACACGGAAGGCGCAAGUGAUCAUGACCGGCGAUAGAUACGAGAUCGACGAACGGACCUACCCAGAGGAAGAAUGGAAAACGACUAUCGAGCUAAAGAUAAAGAGUCUUCAGAAGACGGAUUUAGGAGAAUACACGUGUUCGGCAUCCUCGAGUAUGGGAAAAGCCGAAGCUACUAUCAGGGUAUAUGAAAUAGAACGUGCAACGUUACCAACACGGGCAACCUCGCCAAGUUGGAAAAAACAAAACAAAGGUGGUGGUAAAUCAAAAACCGUACUUGGGGUCUCAACGGUCAAUCGAGUUUUCCACCAGCUGAGCACCCCAGCGAUGCAAAAGAGCACGUCUCGAUUGAUCUUCGGUAACAAAUACUCAACGACAUCUACUACCGUAGAUCCACGAGGCUCGUUCAUCGUAAAAGGCAAAAACGCCUACAGUGGAGAAGAGACAAAAUCUAAAGAAGAGUCUAAGGUAGAAAACGUUGCCAACAUUGGCAGGUUUAUAUUCAACAAACAAAUAUAUACGAUCUGCCUAACGUUUUUAUCUACCAUACGAUAAAGGAUGAAUUAUUUGUUGAUUAAUACCCCAUACAACCACCAACCCUAUCGCUAUCGCCAUCGCCAUCGCCAAAAGUAUAGGAAAAAAAUAGAUUACUGACUAAUUCUCAGCUCCAUAAACCUCCACCUCCCCUACUUCUCCCCUCUUUGUUUUACUCAUCUUUUGCGAGGCUGUGUCUGGACCCCCUACGGUGUUAAUAAAGAAAAGCUUUUUAAAUGCCGUUAGGACAUUCUUCGAGAAUUUCAAACUUUGCGAAUUAGAGAUAUUGAACGAUACUUGCAAAUAUGUGUAUUUUUUAUGAAACCAUUUGUCCGACUUCGCUCGAAUGAAGAGAAAUUUAAAAAAAAAACAAAAACAAAGAA